AUGCUCAAAUUAUUUGAGAGGUGCUUGAUAAUGUGGGCUGUCACCGAGUCUGCAGAAGACGACAUCAAUUUGCAUAUCAUUCUUCCCGCUCACCAUCUGAUACCGUUGCAUAGCUUCUGUGAAUAUGCAGAUGACGUUGUUUUGGGUUGCAAAAAAUCCACAUCAACCCGUCGCAUCAAUUGGUCCGCCUCGGUUUUGGCUGCACUGCGGAUCCCGAAUAUCAUGCAACAAGCGGUCCCAAACCCACCCACAGACUACUACACGUGCCAGUUUCGUAAAAGUAAACUGGAAAGAUUUCUCGGGAGUAGUGAACGCGAGACUUACUUCACCUCCACACAACGUCAUCAAGUGGCCUAUGAGAUCCUCUCGACUCAAGCAUACGGUAGCCGUAAGAAGGCUCAAGUGGGCAUUGAUCGCCUGAUCGAAGAGGAUGUCUACUCAGCGGCGUAUGUAAUACACGAAGGUCCGUACGAGGUGACGCAGGAGGAUCUACAGCACCCGGAGAAGAUGAAUCCACGACAAAUACUCUACUGGUAUUGGGCCCGUUGGGGUUGCUGGUACCGGUAUCAACCGCUCGAUCAUAUCAGACAGUAUUAUGGGGAGAAAAUUGGGUUCUAUUUCGCCUGGUUAGGACUCUACACUGCAUGGCUCCUCCCGGCAGCCAUUGUGGGCAUCCUUGUUUUCCUUUACGGUUUGGUCACAAUGAACGACUCGAUACCCGCGUGA